GAAGCGCAGGUCGGUCCUACUUUAGACCCGUUGGAGCAGCAGCCUAAUAAACGGUCAGUAUCGGUUCUUUCUUCGCCCUCAGACCUUCAGGUCAUCCAACCGUGAAGCUAACUGGCAGCUGCUGCCUACUGCGCAUGCGCCACCCAGUUUCUCCGGCAGUAAAGACGGACCAUUUUUAACGGUUAAAGAUGACGACUUCAUGGAGUGACCGCCUGCAGAACUGUGCUGAGCUACCAGCUAACAUGGACGGCAUGGCUAUGAAGAAAUAUCGGCGUGAAGCUCACCACAGCUUUCCGAGGGAUCUGGCUCAUCCUGCAAUGAGGGUGUUUGUUAACCGCAGCCUUGCCAUGGAGAAAAUCAAGUGCUUUGGGUUCGACAUGGACUACACUCUAGCUGUGUAUAAAUCUCCAGAGUACGAGUCGCUGGGGUUCGACCUGACAGUGGAGCGCCUUGUUUCUAUUGGUUAUCCCCAGGAGCUGCUGAACUUUGUCUACGAUCCUUCCUUCCCCACCAGAGGUUUGGUGUUUGACACCAUGUUUGGUAACCUGCUCAAAGUGGACGCCUAUGGGAACAUCCUGGUGUGCGCACAUGGUUUUAACUUCCUGAGGGGACCAGAGAUCAGAGAGAUGUACCCUAACAAGUUCAUCCAGCGUGGAGAUACAGACCGUUUCUACAUCCUCAACACUCUUUUCAACUUGCCAGAGACGUACCUGUUCGCCUGCCUGGUGGACUUCUUCAGUAACUGCCCCAGAUACGCCAGCUGUGAAUCCGGCUUCAAAGAUGGAGACCUGUUCAUGUCCUACAAGAGUAUGUUCCAAGAUGUGCGAGACGCUGUGGACUGGGUCCACUUCAAGGGAUCGUUGAAGGAGAAGACCGUUGAGAACCUGGAGAAGUAUGUGGUGAAGGAUCCAAAGCUCCCUCUGCUCCUCAGCCGCAUGACUGAAGUAGCCAAGGUGUUCCUGGCCACUAACAGCGACUAUAAAUACACAGAGAAAAUCAUGACCUACCUGUUUGACUUCCCUCACGGCUCGAAGCCCGGCAUGCCCCACCGGCCCUGGCAGUCCUACUUCGACCUGAUCCUGGUGGACGCCCGCAAGCCCAUGUUCUUCGGGGAGGGAACCGUCCUGCGGCAGGUCGACACUACCACAGGUCGGCUGAAGAUCGGAACUUACACCGGACCUCUGCAGCACGGCAUCGUCUACUCUGGAGGUUCGUCAGACAUUGUUUGUGACCUGCUGGGUGCUAAAGGGAAGGACAUCAUCUACAUUGGAGACCACAUCUUUGGAGACAUCCUCAAGUCGAAGAAGCGUCAAGGCUGGAGAACCUUUCUGGUCAUACCUGAGCUGGCCCAGGAGCUUCAUGUGUGGACUGACAAGAGUGCCAUUUUUGAGGAGCUUCAGUCCCUCGACUGCUUCCUGGCUGAUCUUUACAAGCAUCUAGACAGCAGCAGCAAUGAGAGACCAGACAUCAGCUCCCUGCAGAGGCGCAUCAAGGUAGCACACUGUAGAAAGGACAUCUGGUUAAUGAUGAUAUUGAAGGGACCACUGUUUGUGUUCCUCCAGAUGCCUCACGAGUCGACGGUGGAGCAUUCUCACGUCAACUUGAUCGACACCGAGUCGCCGCUCGCCACCCGCAACCGCCGAGACUUUGACAUGAAGGAGAUGGAGACCAAACGGCACCAGCUGACCCGAUCCGUCAGCGAGAUCCAGCCGCCUCACCUGUUCCCCCAGGCUCCACAGGAAAUCACCCACUGCCACGAUGAGGAUGAUGAUGAAGAGGAGGAGGAAGAGUAGAUGGAGGAUGUUUGUACAUGGAGCAUUUUUUUAUUUGUUCAAAGUUACAUUUUUAUUCAACGUUUGGACUGACGGUUAAAGGUUCUAAAGAACAUGUUGAGGUGAAUCCACUGCAGGCUGUUGCUUUAUGACGGCUUGGAUCUGGUUGGUUCUAGCAAAGGUUUUCUGGUUCUGAUCUGCUUUGGUCUCACUGUUUGGGUCUUUGUAAGCCUCAGUCUAACGGUUCCUGCUUUUCUCCUGCUUUGCUGUGGUCUACCAGAUGGUAGAACCUUUAUACUGUAUGAAUACUUCUGGGACCAGGUUCCUCCAUGGAAACGGAGUUUUUGUCUGAAGCCUUCACAUUUUAAUCAGACUCUGUCAGAACCCUUUUUGCCUUCCCUCGACUACUCUCACCUCUGACUCCUCCCCCUCCUUUAACUGACCCCUCCAUCUUCUGCCUCGUCCUCCCCUGACCCCUCCCUCCUCCUCUCUCUCAGUUCUUACCAUAGAGUGUUAUUGUUAUUGUUACUGACCAGAAUUGGGUUUCUUCUGAUUAGAACCCAGUGGUACCAGACAAUACCUGAACAGAACCUGCUGUUUGUCAAUCAGAGACCUGAUCAGCUACAUCUGCUGCUGCUGUAACAGAAGGUUCUGGUUCUGCUGAAGCCGUCAUGGCCGCACCGUAAAUCUUAAUGACUGUUACUGGUGAUCUGCAGGUGCUGGGUUCAGGAUAACAGUUCCUGAGCAGAAGGUUCUGUUUUCCUGUGAUGGUGACCCAGAGGUCAUGCUAACCUGCAGCUUUGCAUCCAUGUGUUCAUCACUGCUGCCUGUUGACUCAUUUUAAUAAAGAUUUUCCUUCUGAAUCUGCUUAUCA